AUGGCGCGUCUCAACACCCAUCUUUCGGCCACCCCCCAGCAGACGCGCUCGUCAACCGUCGAUUCCCUAUACCGCGACGCCUCGGUAGCACCACAACAUGGCAACACGCGCACCUCGUCGUAUUCCGUCCUGAGCCCCACGCGCUCGCAGACGUCAGACAAGGAGAAUGACAUGCCGGCCUCACGCGAAGCCACACCACGAAUGUCAAAGGGGCGCCCACUGCGGGGCGCAUCUGCCCGAAUGCCCACGCCCGACUCAGGCUCCAUCACGGGCGCUUCGGGCGCCAAAAGACGAAGAACUGGCGACUACCGCAUGCGCGAGCCAGAGGUCUACCAGGAUGAGCCAUACGACCACGACUCAGGAUGGGAGGCGCGGGAAGAAGACGGCGAGGAAGAGGACGCAGAGGCAUCACAAGCACAGCCUGGGCCCGAAGAGGAGGGCCAUUUGCGCUUCUACAAUCCGAACCAAGACCCUGAGCAACGGCGAAGGCUACGUGCAACCAUGCGCGAUCACCAGCGCAUGGUGGAGGACAAUCGUGACGAGAUCGUCAAACCCAAUGGCAUGCUGCUGGAGGCGCUCAAGAAGCAGAACAACCUCUUCGGCAAGGUGCGACAAACUGCCGACGCCGCACUCGACUCGCGCUUUCUGAUCAACGCGAGUGAAUUGGCUGGCAAGAAGCUUAACAACAGCAUGCAAGGGAAUGCGGGUGUCGGCAUAGAUUUGGACCAGUUUGUAUCCAAAUGUAUAUACUUUAUCAAGUCUGGUGGCCAUGUUGCUGGCGAAGAGGACGCGCCGACUAUCCCUGUAGGCGAUGACGAGGAAGACGAGGACCCCGAUGGCCUGGAUUGGGCCCUACUGGGCAGACAAGCAUGUUUCCCUUGUAACAGACGGCCACCAACAACAAGUUUCCUGCUUGGCCCUCUAUCGGUUCAGAAGCGCGUAUCCACUACCCAACGGAAAGCCCGGUCGCAACGUCAACCAGUCGGCCCUGCUACUCGACCCCAGGAGAUCCAAGAAGGCGACAUUCAAAAGUCGGAAAACUCAAAUCUCUCCAACCUCGUCAAGGGAAUCAGAGGGCGGUUACAGGACCAUCUGGAACGUGGCAUGACUGGUGUCGAAGAGGAAUUAGAGCCCAUUGCCGAAGAUGAUCUCACUGAAGUGCACCAGGCCGCUGCUUUCCGGCGGUUCAGGAUCGCGCAAGCUCCUUCAGGGGAAGCAGCAGUCAAUUUACUCGACUUUACUAUCAAUCCACAUGAUUUUGGGCAGACAGUCGAGAAUCUGUUUUACGUCAGUUUCCUAGUGCGAGAAGGAAACGCUAGGAUAGCCAAGGACGAGCAUGGUCUUCCUCUUCUUUUACCUGCACAGCCACUGGGCGUCUCGGAUCAGCGAGAAAAGAAUGUACAGAAGCAUCAGGCCGUCUUUAGUAUAGACUAUCCAACUUGGCAAAUGUUCAUCGAGGCCUUCGACAUACACGAGCCCAUUAUACCACAUCGCGAGCAAGAACAUCAGACUGUUGGAUCGUCGGGCUGGUACACGGGCUGA